GCUGUCCAAGUGGCUAACGAGAUGGCUAAGGAGAUAACAGAAUAUAGUGGGCUGAUCAGCUUUUGCUGAAAAGUGGGAACAUUCAUUGCAACCAGUUUGUCUGGGAAGACAGUUUGAGGCCAUGGAGAGAUUGGAGCAGCUCAAAACUAGUUUUCAGAAGUCAAUUGACAAUGGAGACGCCAGGGUGGAUGACUGGCUGUUUGUGUACAGUCCAUGGCCAACAGUGGCUCUAUGCAGUGCCUACCUCCUGGUGUGCUUUGUUGGGCCCAAAAUAAUGGCCGGGAGAGAACCGUUUCAACUUAAACCACUCAUCAUGCUCUACAACUUAUGCAUGGUGGCCUACUCACUAUACGUCACAGUGGAGUUGUUUCUAACUUCAAAAGCUCUCGGGUUCAACUACAUCUGUGAUCCUCUUCACUACAACACAGACAGUAUCUCAAUGAGGUUGGCAGCCGCCAUUUGGUUGUUCUAUUUCUCUAAACUGAUUGAGUUUUUGGACACUGCGUUCUUCAUUCUGCGUAAGAAAAGCAACCAGGUGACGUUCCUACAUGUGUACCAUCAUGUGACAAUGCCCCUGAUCUGGUGGAUUGCUGUCAAGUGGUAUGCAGGCGGAAUGUCAUUUUUCACUCCAAUGCUCAACUCCUUUGUACACACUGUCAUGUACUUCUACUACUUCCUCUCUGCAUUCGGCCCUGCCAUGAACAAGUACCUCUGGUGGAAACGAUACUUGACCAUGCUCCAACUGGUGCAGUUUUUGAUAGGAUUAUCUGCUGGAAUAUAUAACAUUGUUACGGGUUGUGACUUUGACCAGCGAGUGAUCUGGUCCUCUAUCGUGUACCUGAUCUCACACAUUUUCCUCUUCUCCAACUUUUACAUGCACUCCUAUGUGAAGCGUAAUGGAGGCAAAGGAAGCAAAAGGCAUGAAAAUGGUGCAAACUUUCUCAAAAAGGACUCAUGAUUUGUACUACCAUUACAUGUGUACAGAUUAUGUAUAAUUAUAAUUAUGCGUCUGUUGAGAGUUAA